AUGCCGGAAGGAAACAUUACCAAUGUUAAGAAUUUUGUCAUUCUAGGUUUUCCUGGACUUCCCCCUAAUUACUAUGGUCUUGUCUCAGUGGUUAUGUUUUUUGUUUAUGUAUGCACCUUAAUAGGAAAUUGUACUUUUUUUACAUUAUUUCUAAGAGAAAAAAGUCUUCAAAAACCUAUGUAUUAUAUCAUGUUAAAUCUUGCUGCAUCAGAUGUGCUGUUUAGCACCACAACUUUACCCAAGAUUAUUGCAAGAUAUUGGUUUGGUGAUGGCUCCAUCUCUUUUGUGGGCUGCUUUAUUCAGAUGCAAUUUGUGCAUUAUUUUGCUACAGUUAAUGCAUUGGUGCUAGCAGUCAUGGCCUUUGAUAGAUAUGUGGCAGUCUGUAAUCCACUCAGAUAUGUUAAUAUUGUCAAAGAAUCCACUAUCUUGGGUUUAUGCGUUGCAUCCUGGCUGUUAGCUGAGCCUACUGUCUUGACUACGGUAAUCAGGGCAACCUCUCUUCCUUAUUGUGCUUCCAACACAGUCAUCCAAUGCUACUGUGACCAUGUGUCUGUCACGAAGCUUGCAUGCAUUGACAGAACACCCUAUGCAUUUCCAGCUCUAGUUUCAGCUCUGGUUAUGCUGCUCACACCACUAGCAUUUAUUCUGUUCUCUUAUGGUUCUAUUAUUGUGACGGUGUUUCGAACUUCAUCCACACGUGGACGGCUAAAAACUCUCUCCACAUGCAGUUCUCAGCUUAUAAUUAUCACCCUCUUUUUUUUACCACGGUGUUUAAAUUAUUUAUCCUCCAGUUUAGGUAUACACAUCAACGCUGAUAUACAAAUACUUGUUAUUAUGUUGUACAGCCUGCUUCCCCCUAUGAUCAAUCCAGUCAUCUACUGUUUGAGGACAAAAGAAGCUAAAGAAUGCUUAAAGAGGAGCUUAAACAGGUCAUCGUUUGUUCAGUUUUUGAAGAUAAAUGUCCAGGUUUCUACUCUAUCUAAUUGA